CAGAGUAGCCAGUAUAACAGUUAAUCCUGAGCAGUCGAACGAGUUAGACAUAAAAUAUACUCUAAAACAAAAAAUUAACAACAACAAUGAAAGCACGCACAGCAAUCGCACUCAUCGGCUUCGCUGUCUUGGCAACGUUCGUCGCCACCAGCAUGGCCACCAACAGCACCUGGGGACAACGCACGCGCUACGAUCGCCUGCUCUACCGUACCGAUGUGGUCAAGAAGUCCAGCUUAUGGCGUGUCAUCUCAGUGGAUGUUGAGUACCCCGGCAAGAACGCCUCCAACCCCUUCAAUAUUACACAAGUGACGGCUAUCGAUCAUAAGCGAAAGGACGGUGGUUUUGCACAGUUGCGCAAAGGUGGUCCCGGAUAUCGUAAUGUCACCCUACACAUCAAAUCAGCGCGCAAUCAUGGUCUGAACUAUACCGUAGAAAUUUUUGGUAAUUAAAUGUGUCGAAAAUUUUAAAGGAGAAAGAAACUAUGCCGAUUACGCCAUAAGGAAGCCAAGAUGGUAGACAUUUUGCUAAGAAAAAAAAUUAAUUAAAUAUAUAGAAAGAAAUAAAAAAUAAAAAAUCCGAUUGUAUGAGCAGAAGCACAAGACAUUGAGUCGAUUUUCGAAAAAGCAUUUUACAGCAGGCCUUAAAAUUAAAUCCGACAAAUAGCUCAGAGAAAUUAUUUUCUGUGUGGCCCUCCUGGUAAAAUAUAAAAAUCGCAAUAUA